CCCGGGAGUGCGCGGAACGCUGGGCUGCGGUCUCCUUUGAGCUUGCUCUGCUCCUCCCUGCCCCUGUCCACUGCCAUUUUGGCAGCGGUGUCUACUCAUUGAGCGCCAAGAUCAAAUUACACAAACCAUACUGAUCGCGACCUUGGUGCGCAUGGCUCCGACCGUCGCGUGGCCCCUGGUGGAGCACUGGGUCGAGGUCACGGGGGAGACACCAGUGAACCUGGCGCUCGAAGCCCCGAGCGAAGCCGUCCGGAUGGGCGGGGCUUUCUCGUUCAUGUGCUCCCUGAGGAUGGACGGCGUCGGCAAUUGGAGCCGCGUGUUCGACUUCUCCCUCGCAGCCGACGAGGACAGCAUCACGGCCGGGGCUAUCGGGCCGACGCUCGACCUGCAUUUCACCGUCUUCCGGGGGAAGAAGCCAUUCAGCGUGUGCGUGAGCAACUUCUUCGAGCUCGGGAAAGAGAUGACGAUGCUGUGCUCGGUCUCUCCCUCGGGGUGCAUGAGGGUCUUCAAGGACGGCGCCCUCGUGGGGGAGAACGGAGAGGGCCUGUGCCCCUCGCGGCAGGACAGGCCGCGCAUGAUCGUGGGUGGCCACUACUUGUUCACCGACCAGGUCUUCCACGGCAGCCUGAGAGACGUGAAGAUGUGGAAUCAGGAGGUGGAGUGGCCAAGGCUGGAGAAUGCCGAGGCAUUGCUCGUGCCGAAGGUGGUCGGAGGUUCCCCUAGCGACGUCGCUGCUGUGCUCCCUCCCGCUGGCAAAAGCAAGGAUGUGCCGGUCGUGGUCCUCGCAGAGUCCCUCGAUGACGAGUCCACCGACGCCGACGCCUUCGAUGCCGAAUCCCUCGUCUCCGAUGCUGGUGGAGCCGCCGCGCUGAGCUAGCAUGGCAGGGGCGUAUGCCCUAGCAGUGCAGGACGGCGUGUGCGUGAGCCAGGGGCACUUCUGGCAACCCCCGAAGUCGCCACAGGCAAGCAGCGGCGCGGCGCCUCCCCCGUGCGAAGGGCCCGCACCUGCCAGGCGGGGCCAGGGCGAGGACAGAUCCGUUCCAGAGCGCGCCAGGACGCUCUCAAACGUGCCGAAACGCUCUGAGAGGGCCGCGACGCCCGAUGCACCCUCCAGAGCCGCCGGAUCUCAGAGAUUCUCGACGUAUCCUCACCCAAAAUACCCUCGUCCCGGCUUCGUCUGAACCUGCGCCCCUUCAAGCCUUCCUCCCGCUUCUCCCCCCCCCCCCGGCGGGCGGGCAGCCCCCGCGCUGUGCCACCUGCGAGCUGCCGCGCUUUUGGCCCCGGAGCUCCGCGCGGAUUGUUUGGAUCGGCGCUGGGCCCCCUGGCGGUCUUCGGAAGCGCCGACGGCAGCGAGGCACCAGCGUCGGCUCCUCUCUGGGAGCCGCCAGGCCUCGUGCGCCUCGUCGCCCGGGCACCUCUGCAAAGGUGCCCCUCCGGCGCCUCCCCGGGCAUGAAUUCGGCGCCUCGCCUCGCUGCACGACGCGGGCGGCAAAAAGUCUCUCGUCCUGGUCAUCUCGAGGGAAGGGGAAUGGAGAAUGGGGGGCGCGGGAUGAUGAUGAUGAUGAUGAUGAU